UUGAGGUUUCAGUUACGAAAUGUAGCCGAGCUGAGGUAGCGCUGAAGUUAACAAGUAUGAAUUUGAAAAAGCGAGGUCCACAUGCCGGAGAUGGAUGGUUUUAAGCUUUUGGAGCACAUUGGAUUGGAGAUGGAUCUGUCAGUCAUCCUGAUGUCGGCGGAUGUUAGCAAAAGUGUUGUGUUGAAGGGUGUCACUCAUGGUGCUUGUGACUAUCUGAUAAAACCAGUUCAGAUGGAGGAAUUGAAGAACAUAUGGCAGCAUGUGAUUCGUAAGAAGAAGUAUGAGUGUAAGGAAAAGGAUAUGGAACAGUUCGGAAGCAUGGAAGGAGGAGAUUGGCAGCACACGCCUAUGGAUGAUGCUGAGUACUCCUCUUCAGCUAACGUAGGGAAUUGGAGAAGUUCGAGAAAGAGGGAAGAGGAUGAGGACGAUGGUGAUGACAAGGAUGAUUCAUCUACAUUGUCGUUUGGACUCUUGAGAAUCAACUUGGAAUCGAUAGUAUGUUUCUAA